AUGUAUCGUACACCCGAAAAAUCAAGCUCCAAAUCUAACUUACGACAAAUCUCAAGUAAUACUGAAUCUUCGCCAUCAGCAAGCUUCACAAAUACGCGUACUAAGAGGAAACGCUUGGAGGAGUCACCCAUAGACUUCUGCGAGUUUAAAAAUGAAAUAAAAGAUAUGUUAUCCUCAUGGAUGUCUCAACAAAAUAGCGAAAGAAUACAAAUUACGUCUUCUCUAAAGACAAUUGAGGACUCAAUGGCAUUUAUGACUGCACAAUUUGAAGAUAUGAGGAAAAAAAUGGAAGAAAUGGAAUGCGAAAUAUAUCAAAAUCAUCCCUAA